UGAAUUAACCCUACCUAACUCAACCUCCUUGUAAAAAGUGAGUCAAUGUUGCCGGGAGAUUAGCUUAGCUGAGGAACAACAACCCCCAUUCACCCAUGUCCGACGGCAGAAGAAAGCAGCAACAGUGUGUUUCUUCAGUCACUGUCACAUAACACUUUCUUAGCCAUACCAUACCUCAAGUUUCCAUUUGCUUCUCACACUUCCCCCCUCUCAAAUGGAUGCAAAGUCUGCUCAAGUUACCUCUCAAACAUUGAAGUAUCAGACAUGGUUCUUGAAAGUUUCUAUCCACUGUGAAGGUUGUAGAAGGAAAGUAAAGAAAGUUCUACAGAGCAUUGAUGGAGUUUUCACUACAACAAUCGACCCUCAACAGCAGAAAGUAACUGUCACAGGAAGUGUUGGUGUUGAGAUUCUGAUAAGGAAACUGGUCAAAGCUGGAAAACAUGCCGAGGUUUGGCCGGAGAAUCUCUCCGGUAAGGGAAAUGCAAAUGCCUCCAACAAGGCGAAGAAGAAGAGUGAACAGAGAAACCCUGAAACUGUGGAAAACCAUUCUGGUGCAAAUGUGGAAUCUAAGCCCAGUUCUGGCAAAAACAGGGGAGUUGAAAGUGCUGUAAAGUGCAGAAACAAGGGAAUUGACAGUGCUGAAAAGAGCAAAAACAGGGGAAUUGAAAGCAAGAGUAGCAACUCAAAAUCCGGCACCACCGCGCAGGGAAAGUCACCGGCGCCGGAACAGGACAGGAAAGAUGGUCAAAGUGAAGGAGGGACCGGAAAAAGUGGUGGUCCUGGUGGAGGGGGUUCUGGUAAGAAGAAAAAGAAAGCUCAGAGUGGUGGGGGUGGUGGUGGAAGCAACAAUGGGUUGAGUGCACCAUCCACCACCCCUGCCCCUGUUCCUGCACCUGCACACACUGGAUUCCAGUUCCAGAAUGAUCCUGGCCAGGUUGUGGGCCAUUUGAAUCUGAGCCCUACACGUCAUCAAUAUCCAGAAACUUGUUAUUACCCUCCCAUGGUCUAUUUUGCAAGUUACAACAACAGGCUAUGUCCCAUGGGAACAAUGGGUGGUCCUUCUUAUUAUGUUCCCCCAUACCCCUACAUAGGUGCAGGCAUGGAUCAUCAUCAUGAUCUUUAUCAGAUGCAAUCACCAUCGUUGGUUCCCUUCGAGAUCUUCAGUGAUGAAAAUGCUAAUGGCUGUUCUGUUAUGUGAUGAGGAACUUAUAACUCAAAGUCAGUAGAGUGUAGUACUUUUAACAGGUUUUGUUUCUCUGAUAUGGCCCCGGGUAGUAGUAGUUUUGUUAUGAUAAUUUUGUAGUGACCAAGGGAACAUGAGCUUAUGGUGUAUAUGUUGUCUUUUGUUCUAGUUUCUGCGUAGGGGCUGAUUUUGCUUUUAGAACACCUUGAAUCUCCAGCUCUAGUUUAUUUUGAUUUUGGAACAAACUGUAUACUAUGAUGUUCUCAUAUAUGGUGUGCCUUUAAUACUCAUGUGUUAUGUAUUUAUAGCAUGUCUAGA